UUUAACAUGAGUGAAGAUUGAAUUAUUAAAUAUUUAAAAAGUUUUAGUCAAUUAUAGGAAAUGGAUUCACUUCAACUUCGAAAUUUUAAAGACUUCCUGUUGAUGUUCAACCAAGUAUCAGAAAAAUGUUUCUUACGCUGUGUUGAUAAUUUUAAUUCAAGAACAUUAUCACCUUAUGAAGAAAAAUGUGUGGAAAAUUGUGCACAAAAGUUUGUGAACAUUAACCAUCGGGUUAUGGGAGUGUAUGUAGAAGUACAGUCUGCACUAACUCAGAAGAGAAUUAAUGAAGUUCAGGAACAGAAUUCAGUGAUAGCGUUACCAAAUAAAGAACAGUUAGCAGUAACCACAGAACCAUUAAGCACAAAUAAUCCAACAACUUAAUUACUUUUGUGGUUUAGUUUGUUAUUAAAUAAUA